UGCUGUUCACAAAAUCAAGAUAGAGAUGAAUUUUCUCUCUUGCUUGUCCCUAUUUUUCUUGCUAGAUGAAGCACAGCACCGUUAACAUACAGUAUUAUACAUUCUUAGGUAUUUAGCUAUCUCAACAUUUUGCAAAGAAAGAUUAAAGGACAUUCUUACAACUGCUUUCCAUGUUUUUCUACUGCUGAGUAUAAAAGAUUGUGUCAGAUGGUCUUUGAGCUUUGUUUUUGCAAGGGACAUUUAUUAAGUAGAAGACAUGAGUCUUUAUAAUGUAUACAGGUGUCUGUUGUGUUUUGUAUAGGGAAUCCAUUGGGUAGGGAAGGCAACAGCAGAACCUUUGAUGGAAGAAGGUUCUGUGGCAGUUGGCUUCACCAUUGGGAAAGAUGUGAACUCAUGGAGUUUCUUGUUGCUCUCCGUAACAAAUACAUUCUUGGCAAGAGAAGUUAUUUAUUCUGUGUUUGUAAGAGCAAAGCACAGGGCUAUGAGGUGCUGCUAGCAAGUCAUGAUGGUUGAAUCUGCCUCGGAGACAAUACGUUCCACUCCCUCCAACCAGAAUGGCGUCAGCAGCCUAAACAAUCCAAAUGAUGGAGGAGGAGGUGGAGGUGGUGGAGGCGGUGGCGGGUGUGGAAGAGAAGGAGGAGCCAGUGGAGAAGCCAAUGGAGAGAUGAGCCCAGUGGAACUCCUGCAUUUUCAGCAGCAACAGGCUCUUCAGGUGGCACGGCAGUUCCUUCUCCAACAGGCAACAGGUCUGACCUCUCCCAGCAGCAAUGAAAAUAAGCAGCCAGCCGUUCAGGUCCCAGUGUCUGUGGCCAUGAUGUCUCCUCAAAUGAUCUCCCCACAGCAGAUGCAACAGAUCCUUUCUCCUCCUCAGCUCCAAGCCCUUCUGCAGCAACAGCAAGCCAUUAUGCUACAACAGUUGCAGGAAUACUACAAGAAACAGCAGGAGCAACUUCACCUGCAGCUACUGACUCAGCAGCAAGCUGGAAAGCAGCAAGCCAAAGAGCAGCCAUUAGGGAAUAAGCAGCUGGCAUUCCAACAACAGCUACUGCAGAUGCAGCAGCUGCAGCAGCAGCACCUGUUAAACCUCCAGCGACAAGGGCUGGUCAGUUUACAGCCAGGACAAGGCACCGUUCCUCUACAGACCCUUCCACAAGCUGUGUGUCCCUCAGACCUCCAGCAACUGUGGAAAGAGGUUACUGCUACUCAACCUGUAGACGAGUGUAUCAAGCAAGAGGGACUCGACCUCAGCACCAACACCUCCAAUUCUACCUCAUUUUCAGCCGCCAAGGUCUCUCCUCCAAUUUCCCACCACUCUCUCACCAAUGGACAGAACGCCAUGCUCGCACAAAGGAGGGACAGCUCUUCUCAUGAGGAGACCCCUGGAUCUCACCCUCUGUAUGGACAUGGAGAGUGCAAGUGGCCUGGUUGUGAAACCCUCUGUGAGGACUUGGGACAGUUUGUUAAACACCUCAAUACAGAACAUGCACUUGAUGACCGGAGCACGGCUCAGUGUCGAGUUCAAAUGCAAGUGGUACAGCAGCUGGAAAUACAGCUAGCUAAAGAGAGUGAACGCCUCCAGGCAAUGAUGGCCCACCUCCAUAUGAGACCUUCAGAGCCAAAGCCCUUCAGUCAGCCUGAUUACCAGCUUCCUGUCAUCCUGGCAAAAUUAUGUAGGGCUGGAACAACACGCGACAUCUCUGCUAGGCUUAAGCUGAACCUGGUUUCCAGUGCCACCCUCUCAAAGAGCACUUGUGAUACCUUCCCUGAUGGAUUACCUCAUCCCCCCACCUCUGCUACCGCACCCAUUACUCCAUUGCGGCAGGGCCCUUCUGUCAUCAGCUCAUCCACUUUACACAAUGUAGGGCCCAUUCGCAGGAGGAACUCAGAGAAGUUCUGCACACCAAUCUCCUCAGAACUUGCACAGAAUCACGAGUUUUACAAAAAUGCAGAUGUCCGACCUCCCUUCACAUAUGCCUCACUUAUCCGGCAGGCUAUCCUUGAGACACCCGACAGGCAGCUAACAUUGAAUGAAAUCUACAAUUGGUUCACACGGAUGUUUGCCUAUUUCAGGAGAAACACAGCUACCUGGAAGAAUGCCGUGCGCCACAACCUGAGCCUACACAAGUGCUUUGUGCGAGUGGAGAAUGUCAAGGGAGCUGUCUGGACGGUGGAUGAACAUGAGUACCAAAAGAGAAGGCCACCAAAGAUGACAGGGAGUCCAACUUUAGUCAAAAAUAUGAUUUCUGGCCUUAGUUAUGGAGCACUUAAUGCCAGCUACCAGGCUGCCCUGGCUGAGAGUAACUUCCCUCUUCUGAACAGUCCCACUAUGAUCAACACAAGCUCUACUAGUGGCAUGCUACAUGUUGGCCAUGAUGAUGUGAGCAGCACUGUGGAACAAGUCAACAGCAAUGGCAGCAAUAGCCCCCAUCUUUCUCCACAGCAGUACGGCCACCAAGUCCAUGUGAAGGAAGAACCAGCUGAGACAGAAGAUGACAGCAGACCUGUUUCUCUUAUGGGAACAACCAAUCAGAAUGUGACAAUUCCUGAUGAUAGAGACCUGGAGGAGGAGUUACCAGUGGAAGAGUUGUCUUAAGGGCCCUCCCUGCUCACCUUGGGCCCAGUACUUCCCCAGAGACAAAGCAGUGGCUCCCACCUCCUCAAGGUGACCUUCAGCGUUAUCUUGUUUAAGGCACUUCUGCAAAGCAAAAGGGUUUCCUUGGGUCUACCCAUUGCUGAAGGCACACCCUUUUUCCUUCCUUACAUCCCACUGACUCUUAACAGACGUUUAUGGAGGGAUGUGCAAAAACAAAACAAAAAAAAACAGAGUUGAGUUUUUUCUUUUUCUUAAUUUUUUUAAUUUUGUAAUUGGUAAACGAGGAUGGUAGGUUGUUUCUGUCCGAAGACUUCUUUGUUGCCUCCCCACUUUUCCAUCACCCCAGCUUCAUGGGGAUAAAAAGAAGGUGUCUUGUAUUGUCUGCUCUGUGUUCUGUCAUUUUCAGCUUAAAUGCCAUGUUGUUUCCACAAGUCACAAGUUUGGAAGCAUCCAGUCCAACAGGGAGCAGCAUUCAAGUGAAUGUCCUCUACUUUCCUAUGGAAAGCAUUUCCAAUAACCUGCCAGUUAAUCCCACUGAGAACUUUGCACUAGGAAGAAUCUUUUCAGGCACACACACAAUCUCAACGUAUCGGAACAGCAAUUGGAAACAAGACCCUUACUGAAGCCAUGAUGUCCCAAUUGUUUCAUUUCUUCAUCGAGAAAAGAAAAACCGAGCUAGAUGUAAUGAAUACACUGUAGUUCAGCAAGCAGCCAAAGGGUUUCUCACUGCCACAUAUAAGCCACUCGGUUAGUCUUUCUUCAACCUGUGUUUCUGCCCCUGCAAGUUUAAGAAGCACUCCUUUUUAACCAAUCGUGCUUGAGAGUCAAUUUUCAGUCCACAAACUACCACAAAGUCCAGGGAUGAAGGUCCGUUCCAUGCUAUCACAUACUGUGAAACUUCUUCCAGAAGCCAACACCUGAGCAAUUGGAAGGCAAGCUGAUGCUGUCCAGCAUAAGACUGAAUUCAAGGAAAAGACUGCGACUUCUGCAGAAAAGAAACCUUUGCUUGUUCCUCCUUGUUUAUGAUAUUCUGAUCCUUCCAUUUUAUCAAAAUUGAGCAUGAGGCCAGAAAGCAAUGGUUUUUAUGAGGUUGGAGAUAUGAAUGAGAAUGGCCAGUAGAUGUGCAUGGAGCUGCCUUGACAAAGAUGGCAAAAUCAGAAGCACUUGGAGUGGGGUGAGGAAAAGGGGACAUGCCAGUGUUAUCUGGUGGUAGAAAACAAACCAAGACCUGGUUUAACAUGCAAAAAUUCCAAAGCAAUAUAGAUAAAUAUGAGAUCGACAAUACUUUUUCUUUGAUCAUCAAUCACAGCAGAGCUGUGGUGAAGUUUUAACUCCUUCUAGUCAUUAGAUUAUCCAGUGAACUAUAUCAAACACAACUGGUAUGCUAGUCUGUAGUUACUAGAUGCCAAACAACUUGGAGGAAGCAAGAACUUUCCAAAUUCUUAUAGCAUGAAUGAUGUACCACUUUCAGGUGAACAAACAGUGUUAACCAAAAACCAUCCCAACAUCCUUUGAUUUUUGUCAGCUCACUGUCUUACUGCCUCACACCAGAAUUCAGAGAAAACUUUUAUCUGAUCGGCUUUUUUUACCACAAAAAACAGGUUCCAAGGGGUCUUUGCCUCUCCUUUCUUGAGAGGACAACUCCAAAACUUCAUCUUUGGGACAGACUCUUAUCAGUUGCUGGUAAGAGAAAUUUUGGGGGUGACUUUGAGACCAGUGGGUCAAAUAUGAUGGAUUCCAUGCUUCUGACGAGUCUCUAACACAGACCCAUGUGUACUUUCUAUCAUUACAUAUUUGUAUUGUAUUCAGGACCUAAGUGGAAUACAGAAGUUGCUUCAAAAAUGUAAACAGCAGGUUAUUAUUAAUUUUUUGGGAAGACGAUAUCAUCCUUAACAACUGGGGUGAUUCAGAAAACAGUAAUGGAUCUUCUCUUCUCCAGCAUGCUUUAUAUUAGGAGCAUAAACUGCCACACCUAUGCCUGAAUAAUAAAGUGCAAACACACACAAGUUUACCAAUUCACAUCUCUAUAUUAAGGCCCCAAGGGACAUUGUGUUUUGUAUUUCACAUGAUUAACAUGUCUUAGGAUUCCUUUUCACCAUUCUGUGAUUAGGUAAUGCUUUACCAUUGCACCAAGCACCAUGUAAUUCACAGAACAGGAUGAGGUAAAGGCCUUUGGAUAGGAGGGCAUUAAUCUACUCAGAAUAUUGUUUUUUCCCCAAUGCACAUAAUAUUGAUCCAUUUAUCUUCAAUACAGUGCAUUCUAAUUGUAUUAAGUCCCAUUUGCACCAGCUGGAAAACCAUGAUAACACCACACACACAUACACACAUUUCAAACUUAGAGGGUUACGGUAAAUCCAGCCAGCACUACUUUUUCCUUUUUACCACUUAAAAAUACAAAAUGGCACAUUAUUUUUUGUAAUCUUACAUUUAUGUAGAUAAAUGGCAACUGGGAUCCAAUCUCAUAGCCAAAUUCAAAUUCAUUCUCUUUCUCUCAUUUUCAUUUAAGUCAGUCUCCCAGGGGAAACAGUGGUUUGGGGUGAAAUUCCUGAUUGAUUUCUGCAACAACCCUAAAGCCAUCUAACUGAAUGUUUUGAGCCUGUAUUUUUCCAAUGAAGGCAUCUCAAAGGUUUCUGAUGGGUGAUGCUAGAAAAUUCCAUUUUGUUUCUCAAAUUCUGUUAUGCUGUGCACUAUGAUCUCUAGCCAUCUUUCUGACCCAUCUCCCCUGUAUUCCUUUGUUUUUUCCAAAUUACCUUGAUGAUGGUGGAGGAACUGUAUUCCUCAAUACAUACUGCUGUUUUACCUUGUUUGGUAGACCUCGAGAAGCUGUUUUAUUUGUCAAUGUAACUUACACAAUAUAUUUCCCUUCUGAUGCUUUCCUCCUGAACAGUGGGCAUAAGUGAACCACAUUUGUUCCAAGUCUAGACAAAAAGAGUGGGAAUGAAAAAUACUUUUUCCUCCCUUUCUGCAUCAUGGCUGCAUGAAUAAACGAAUGCCAGAACUCUCACACUGAAAGGACUCAUACUUGUACUACUUGGAUCCUGGAGUUCACACUAGAGGGCUCCACUAAACAUGCAUUUCCCCAGCUCAGCUUCCUACUUCCUCCAACAAGCUGAAUAAAGCUGCAAAGUUGAUUCUUUAGAUGAUUUGAGAGAGUAGCUCGAUUUGAAGAGAAGUGGACUCCAGACUUAUGAGGGAAACAGGGACAGUCUCAAAACUGCAGAAAUUUGAGGGUGCUUGUGUUUAAGAGAUGACAGUCAGACUACAGGAGUCUUAAGAAACUCCCCAUAGAAAACUAUCCAUUGACAACAAGGUUGUCCUUCAAGAUAGAACUGCAAGAGCUGAUAAUACCUCAAUCCCCUCUUACUCUAGCCAUCCCUCAGGUCCCUCCUCAAAUCCAAAAACAGCUCGGGAAACUUCGCAUCCUCUCUUAGAGCAAAGACACACCACACCUCAACUUUUCCUCUUAGGGUCACAUUUAAAUGCCUCCCUAGUAUAUAAUGCUUUAUAAUUGGCUUAACCAUUUACCAAAGACCCUUUUUUAGACAAGAAGCAUAAACCAAAACACUCUUUAUUUUUAUUUUUAUUUGGUGCUUUUAUUCUGAUUUGUUCAAUUCCUGCACUAGCCAAAAAGAGAAAUUCACAAAGAUUCUGCAUGCCUCUUAGCCCCUUUGUCACUUUCUUUUGAUUUUAAGUUAUUAUUUAAACCAAAGUUUACAGGUGCUGUUUUGUACACAUCUAUUGAAGGUAGACCAGAAUCAUGGAUUUGCUGCUUUGCGUUUGUCGUUUGCAAAAGCGAGGGUGGGCUAUGGAACCCAGAGGAGAGUUGCAUUCUAUGGGUCUCUUCUGAAACUGCUUACAUCUUCUCUUUUUCAAAUCAUAACUGCUUGCAUUUUGUUGAACUUCUCAGCUAUUAUUUGUACACAAUGUGAUUUUUUCUUUUUGAUUUCUCAGCAUGUUUAUCCUUUUUCAUUUGUUUUCCAAAGGGCUUUGUUCCCCUAUUUGUCUUUAUCCUACAAAAUUAUUGGAAAUGUCCUCCGUUUUUUGUUGCAUUUUUAGGUAACACGGCUUUCUGAAAAGCUUAUCAGCAGAUUUACCGUAGCCUUUUCAAAUACGGAGAAUGGACGUCCGCAUUGUGUGGACAUGGGGUGAGUGUAAAAUUCUGGAGUAGGCCAUUUUUUAGUGCAGUUGGGGAGCUCAUGUUGUUACUACUCCCUCACAUAGAAAAUCUUCACAUACUAAACAAUGCAUCGUAAAGGAAGCCAAUGUAUAGUCUUUUCCCCAGAUGGACCAGUUUCUGAAAAUAUACCUCCUAGAAUUCAGCUACCUUAUUCUGUGAAACAUAUAGAAGUUCAGCUCUGUGUGGUAAGAUGCUUCUUAAAACUGUCUCGCAAGCUAUGCAUCACUGUAUUGUGUCAAAUUGCUUUGCAAGCAAACUUCCAGAACUGCAUAGUUGUAACCUUGGCCUUUUUUCUAGCAAGUUCUGUUAGGGCAGCUGCUUUAUUAUCAGUCUAUAUUGAUAAUAAAUGCUACCAUCCUGAUUCACUGACCUCAGUUUCCCCUUCCCCUAGUACAAUACGAAUUUUGUGUUUGGCAUCUACAGCUGGUCCUGAGAUGCCCCAGUUGUAUGUUUUGCCAGUAUUAAAAGUGCUGUCUCCUAGUAGUGUACAAUCCAGAUCUGAACUGCUUCUGGGAAGAUAUAACUAUCCCUGUUUAACCUAAAACCAAUGCCUCGCUUUUUGACCCAUUUAAAUGAAGUCCAAAAAAGAGAUCAUAGUACCCUGAGCAAAUAUAUUUAACAACAUAUUAUAAACCAAUUUAGAGAAAUACAUACUGAAGAAUUGUAUCCGUAGAAUUGGGCAUAUGAUAACAAACUCAUAUGUUGGUACCAUCAAGUGACAAAACAUUUCUUGUACCAUCUCAAUUAAGGCUACAGUGGUAGAAAAGUCAUGUUGUUAGACCAAAUGUGUCUCUCUGUUAUGCUUCUUGGUGGUAAUUCAUUUUUCCCUGGUCCUAAAACUCCCCGUCCACAAAUUGGACUGCCUGGCAGUCAUGCUGGCAUGACCAUGACUUUACCCAGCAAAAGAAAAACCCAGCAAAUAUUUGAAUAUAUAAACUGGCACUGUAUUCUUAAUUAAGAGCAGUCAAUGUAGCAUCAGUAGCUUGCCUUGUCAUUGUGCUGAAAACCAUCUGCCCUUUUUUAGUUCUUUGAUUUCUUCCUCAUACCAUUUGAUCCAAUGGUUCUCAUUCUUUGGUCUUCCAGAUGUUUGGGAUUUCAGCUCCCAAAAGACUUGGCCACUAUUGAAAGUCAUCAAGGAUUCUGGGUGUUGGAAAUUCAAACCACCUUGCAAAACCAAGGUUGAAAACCACUGAUCUAAUCCUUUGGUUAAACUCACAUGGCACAAGUGAAAAUAGGCCUCAGUCUUUGGCAUAUGAUGUAUCCUGUAUUAUUCACUUUUCUCCCAAAAUGGAUAAUUUCUGGACUGUAUUCCACUUCUGUCAAUGCCUCUAAUUAAAAUUCCUCUCUGUCUUCAUGUGACAGUAUUAAGUUGUGUGCAACCUUACAGGAUAGGUUUAGCUCUAGUUCUUGCUGAAAUGAUAUGUCUACAUCUGAGGCAUGGGCAUUUUUGUGAUUGAAUUCCACCUUACACACAUUAAACAAGCAAUUUUCUCCUCAUAAAAAUCAUAGUUGGGAGGAGAGCUGUCCUUAAAAUCUUGUUCAUUCAUUCGUUUUAAUAUGAUUGAACGUUCCAGCACAUGCACUGUAAAAUCAAAAGUGCUGUGCCUCAGAUGUUGGUUUUAUAACCAUUCUGGGAAGUUACUAAUUACUGAAGAGAAAUUGUGCACAAUCAUCAGUGUUAGAUAUUAUUACAAUAUUCCGUUUCUCAGGCAAGUGAUCCCUGCCUCAUCAAUGGUCAGAAGGGCUCUUCUCACCACCACUUGUAGCCCACUAAGUCUGAAACAUUGGAUGUGCUGUCUUCCAAGUACAUACCUUGCAUAUUGAAGAUUUGGUUAUAGACUUGACCCAUGCAGGGUUUAUAUGGAUAUUUGUCAUUGUGCUGUUGAUGUUGCUUUGAAUCUUUUUUGGAUGUUGAAUCUGCAUCUAGCCCUGCAGGGAUCUGGCAUAUAUUUGAGGGUCAGAUAGUAAUAUACGAGGCUUUGGAAGGUUAGUGGCUGUCCUUCAAACUGGCAUGCCCUGCAGGCAUUUCCAUUUCCAUAACUUCAAGCGAAACUAUUAUCUCUACCAUGUUUGUGUGUGAGAGAGUGUCCCUAUGUCCAGCUUUCUCUACAAUGACUUAGAAUUAAUAAACUUCCUAGAUUUAAUUGGGUCACUUCUGAAGCUAUUCAGUGUUAAUUAAAUCUGCACUGUCCCAGUGAAAGAAAUGACACCAUAUUUCAGAAUUGUACUGUUGAUUUAAAAUUCAGGUAAUCUUUUACAUACAUGCAAAGAAUCCCCAUUGCAAUAAGAGGAUUUCUUUGUGUACCAUGGUUUGUUCUUGUAUAAAGUUAGAAAGAUAAUCACCUGGAAAAUAGCAAAUGCUAUACAGAAAAAAGCAGAUCCUUAGUUUUUUCCUGCCAGCAUUAGGUUCCCACUGACUUCACUUGGCAAUUGAUUCAGAUCUGCCUAUUUGUGUUCCUUCUAGCCACAGCCUCAAUAAUUUUAUAUUGUGUUUGAUUAGCAAUCAGCAGAUUAUUAUUUUCUGAGGCUUUAAGCUUGCUUGGCCAACACUGACAUAGUACUCUUAAAGGGACACUGAAGAGUGAAUAUAAUUUAGUAUCACUGAAUCAAUAUGCUGUUUGCUAAAGCUAUUUGGUUUGGGGUGGGGUUUGCCCUCUUAACAGCUUGAACUGUAAAAUUUGCUCUGAUCUUAUUGAUUGAACUGCUAAGACUUCAAUUAGCAACAUUUUCUUUAGUUGAUACCCUUUGUUUAAAUCUGGCUCAAGUUUCCUGAUCUGUCCAAUCUUAUUAUUGUUUUUCCUGAAUUACUGGAGAGGAUUCUCAUGUGGUUAUAUUCAUCUUACUAUGAGAACUCCUUUUCAAAAAGGCAUUCUCUGUGUAGAGCAGACUCUAAGUAUUGAUGGACACCAACCGACUUAGUUAAGACUGUUAGGAUGUGAGCAACUAUCAGGCAAAUUGUGGUUGGUUUAACCUGCUACUGUUCUGUGUAUCCGUUUCUUGUUCUGUUACAUUUGUAAAUGUCUACAGAAUAUUAAUGGUGGUGUGGGAGAUGUUCAAACAGUGCCAAUAGAUAUUUUAUCUGUAUUACUAGUGUGUUCAGAAUAAGCUUGGGCCAUCCAUAGUGUUUCUCUAACCUCCUUUCUAGAAAAAUUGAUAACUGCCUAUCAAAUGGGUACCAAAGUUUUGAUUUCAUCUACAGAUUUUGUUCUCUGUUUUGGGACUGUCCAGGUCUUUCUAUCACAUACCAGAAAGGGUUCCCUAGACCACUGUUGAUAUUGAUGCAUAUAAAGAUCUGAAAGUUUUGGGGUUUUCAGUUUUCGAUACAGCUGAUAAACCCACAAUCAAAACAACCGCACUGGUAUUGUAACAUAUUCAGAAAAGAAACCUAUAUGACCUUUAAACUUAAAAUGUAUGGGGAUCCUACUUCAUCAAGGUGUCUACUUAUUUUUAUUCCAUUUGUCAUCUAGAAGGAUAAUAAAGAGCUUUUCUUUCUUUUUUAUGAUUCCAAGUCCUUGUGAUUCUGGUAAGCUGCCCCUCAAAGUUCUCCACUGGCUGCUGAAGCAACAAUACGGUUGCCAUGAGUUUAGGUUAGGUGGCAUCUGUUUCUUUGACUACGAGUAUCUUGGCAGUACUAGCCUUCCUUAAGUUUCAGUUAUAUUAGGUACAUCCAUUUUUGCACAAAUGACUUUUCAUGAGACUUUUAUUUCACGCAAACUACAUAUAGUACUUAACUUUUAAAAUAUUUUAUUAUGUUUGUUACCUCAAAAUGGCUUUUAAAGGGGUAGUGUGGGAAAGACCAAACACAACUUGUGGCAGGAUAGGGUAUGUAUAUAUUGGUCUAUAUGCUGGUUAAAAACCUACUAAAAUUAGUUUAUUGUUGUCUGUUUAACUAUCCUGUGAUGAAACUAAUGCAGGGAAUAUUAUAGAAAGGUUUUUUUCCUUGUUCUGGAAUUUAGGAAGCCAUUCUUGUAUCUCUCUAUAUCUUGACUUGGAUGCUGUUCCAAUGCUUUAUGUUGUCUUUGGUUUGUUUUCUUUCUGUAAAUUAGUUGGUAGAAAUGGUGAGGUUGGAAGGAGAUAAGACGGUUGCCAAAAAGAAACUGAGACAUCGGUGUAAUAAUUUCCCUUCUCAUCCCACUUCUUGGGAAUUAGAACAGUAGGAACAGAAGCAAAACACAUUGUAUGAAACCAAAGGUGUGUGUAUGUUUCAGUUUUGUAUGUUGUUUACUUAAUUUUAAUAUAGGUAUUUUUCAAGGAGAAAGGCAAAAAUCCCAAUUGGAAAAUUAUACAAAUUCCUGUCUUGUCUUACCCAUGCUUUGAAUUUCCAGGUGUUCAGCUCCACGUAAACAUAGAAAUGCUCCAAGAUUUGCAAGAUGGGGUUAUUCUUUUGGAGUUUUGUUUCUUUUUGUUUUUCAAAUUUAGAUGGUUCCAAAAUGCUAAAGCAUUUAUCAAUGUGGAGUUCUCAUACUGCUCGUUGUAAUGGAGCUGUGAAAUACUGGAGAUCAAUUACUCUUCCUUUUCAUUUUGAUCACAUAUUAUGUGGAGCAGUUUUCCUGGUGACCCUCCCAUAGAGUUGAGGUCCUCCUUCUCUGAGCUUUUCACCACUUGGCAUUCUUGUCUUCCAAAUCUCUCACUGAAUCUCAGGUGGCAGGAAAACACCCAAGAACCAAUGACUAGUGACUUUCAAACCAUAUCAGCUUAGCUGUUCGACAUGAGCCAGAGGGGUCACUGAUCUCACUGGAUGAAAAUGGGAGGUUAACAUGUCUGCUGGCAUGACCUGAUUUGUUCAUUUAUAAUAUUUUGUGUUGGCCUUCAAGGGCUUCUUCUGAUUAAAUUUUCUCUGUUGCAAAUGGAUCUCUUCUCCCUCAUCAUAGUACCCAACAUAUGGUGGGAGGGUGGGGGACUUUGGCAUGUCAGCACUCUGCCCUGUUGUCUUUUCCUUCUCCUGGUACACAGGAAGGGUCAAGAAAGGGGCAAGACAUGCAGUAACCUUUAAUAUUGUGGGUUUUUUCUUCCUCACAUUUGUUGGUUUGAUGUGAUCAUCCUUUUAGCAGGUGGCAAGUCAGUGUGAAAUGAAAGGUUACUGGGGAGGGGGAAAGGGUGGCUGUAAACCUUUGAUCCAUCCUCCUCUUACUGCUUCACACUGCCAUAUUUCCACUCUGUAUAAAGGAAAUAGCAUUGCUGUGUAUUUGUACUCUGGACUUCUGUGUGUCUGCUCUGGCAGACGGUAAACCCUUGUACAGUAGAUCUAGCUGCAUGUAAUCUGUAUGGACAAUGGCAUUAUAAAAUGCAAUAAAAUUAAAUUACCUAUGA